AAUUCUGGAUGGAAAUGUAAUGUCGGCCAUCAUUGUUGUUGAGAUUCCAUUGUCUUAUUGUUGCUAUAUAGAACUUUUAAAAGAGUAUCAGAAUAUCGAAAGAUGUCAAUGUUAUGAGGAUCAUUAAGGUUUAAAAACUUUAGAUUGUAUAUUGCUCUUUAAAAAAUAAGAAUUACUGCUAUUUGUGUAGACCCAUGUACUGUUGUCGAUGUAAAAAUAAAGGCCUGAGUGAGAGUGAGAGGGAUACUGAUAUGUACUCCGGUAGACCCUUGCCUUAAGUUUGAUUCAGUUUGAAAGUUAGUAUUAUUACAGUAGUAACAGUGAAAUGAGUAAUAAACUCAUUUAUAAGUAAGAAUUACAUUUCUAGAAUUACCUCUUUUUCGGCUUUGCAUUUAUAAUAGGCCACUUAAUAAUUCUUCAUAAAGUUACUUUAGACUUUCAUGUUAGACAGUAAAGUAACCUAUAAGCUUAUAAGUAUAACUUAACUUAUAAUAAGUUAUAAUAAUAAUAAAAGCUAUAGAUAUAGACACUGUACUGUCUAAGACACACUCAACAAUUAUUAAAUGAAUCAAUGACUUGAGAAACAUAAGCUUACAUCUACUCGUUGUUUGGCCCCACGCUUACAUUCUAGAACUAACUUAGGCCUAGGCCUAGGGCUAAAAUGCGCCAGCGAUGUCUCCCACUCCCACAGUAAAGUAUUAUUAUUAUGUUUAUAUUAUAUUAAUUAUUAUAGGUCAUGGAUCUUCCCCAGGUCAACUACCGGCCAUAGUGCCCAUAGUUCAAUUUUUCAAAGAUUUUGAAUUUUAGUUGGGCAUUUAUAUGAAAAUGAAUUUGAUAAAAGUUUUUAAAAAUGUUUAAAAUUUUGUCUGUAUCCCAGAUAUUAUUAUUUUUGUAAUGAAACUGGGGGAGAGGUAUUCAGAAAUAAAUUGGGACAUUAUAGUUAUAGUAUUUAUAGAAAUGAAUAGCAUAUGGGUACUUGUUUUUUUUUUAACAAAUGAAAAGACAGUACUUUUAACAAUGCGCACAUCUUUUUUCCAGUGCUCAUCUCAGGGUAUCAGCAAGGAUGAGUUUCUCUUUUUAUUUCUUUUGAUACCUUGUAAGUUGAGUUUUAAUAAAAAUGAAUGGAAAUUUUAAUUUUAAUUUAUUUCACAUUAACUGCAUCGAUCGUCAAAUUAUGUUUAUGACGUGAAUUAUGCCCAGUGAAGAACAGGAAAGUUAUACACAUCGUUCAGGUCAAACUGUUUGUUCAGUCACCCUAAGUCCAGUGUUGGGAUUCCCCAAAGUGUCAUCACUGCACUUAGGGUGAGACAACUCUUGGGAAAAACCCAUGCCGCUAAAUGCAGAUUUGCCAGGCCUACUAAUAAUUAGCCUACAUGACUCAUUAUUAAUUAAAUUAACUCACUCUAACACAGAAAAAUUCUUCAUACCAUUUAAUCUUCAGAAAAAAAUAUUAAUUAAUAUUUUUACAAAGCUGAGCUCCUGUUAGAAAUGCGGACUUUUGAUUUGGGACUUAAGCAGUGUCAAUGUGUGGUUUGCUUUUUAAGAAAUAAAAUAUCAAGAUUAGGGAGAUAGUGCAAAAUGUUCUUUGAUAUUGUUUGGGCCUACAAUGUAGUUUACUAGGGAGUUUAUAUAAUAUAGGAUAUAAGGUAGGCUUGGGCCUAAUUAUAGUUAAGCCCAGUGUUUCCCAACCAGUACUCUUUGGAGACCUAAGGGCUUCGCAUGCACCUUUCAUGGGCUCGCUGGCCACACUAGGAAACUCCUAAACACUAAUAACUUCUAACACAUAAUAGUAGGUCUAAAGGGCUUCCCCAUAGAAAUUGAUUCUAAAAGGGGGCUCCAUUGGUCAAAAGGGUUAGGAACCACUGGCCUAGCCUACAGGUCAUAGGUCUAAAUUGAUUUAAAUUUUAUUUUAAUCCUGGAGUAGAAACUAGAAAAUGAAUUGACAGCUACUCACCACACUUAUAAUAUAUUGUGCCGCCACCAUAUAUCCCAAUAAUGAUAUCACUUUUAAAAAGAAAUUGUGUAAAUUAUGUAAUUUUCACUAUAAAAAUGAUCCAAAAAAUUAAUUAAUUUCAUCAUAGUUUUGUUUGAAAAACAACAAUUGAUAAUAGUUUUUAAAAUCAGUAAAUGGACACAUUUAAUAUACAGUCGAACCCACUUACCUUGACCUCGGUUAAUUCGCCAACCCUAUUAAGUUGACAUGUUUGAAGUGUAACACCAAAUUCUCUCUUCGUCUUAGCAUUUUCUCAUCGGUUAUGUUGGUAAACCCUAAUAUCUCAAGCACAAAAGUUGGCCAAAUUUGCCACUUAACGUCAGUUAUCUCAAUCUCCUUGACCAAUCGCCGGCUUUUGAACUUCAAAAGAAGAAAUACCAAACAACAAAUAAACAAGUUUUGCAAAAUUUAAAAUAGUUAUUUAUUUGUCAAAAUACAGGAGUGAAAGAAUCACCAAGUUUAUGUUGUAAUGAAAGCCAGCCUCAUGUGCAAAAAACAGACUAUAAGUUCAUUGUCUCUCCCUUACGUAGACAAAGGAAACUAGAUCUCAAUACGAUCUCGAUACCUACUGGCAUUGACCAGUCACAGGUUUAUGGUCUGUUUCCCGCAACCAAAAAAUCUAUCGCCAUGCGCCACUUAGUGAAUUACUUAAUAUUAUAGACCUAUUUUUUUAAUAUAACUUACAUUUUUUAUAACAUUCAAUAAUAGAAAGUAGGUAUACUAAGCAAGCUGUCCUAACUCUAAGACUAAAAAGACUAAUCAUAUACAGGAUACAGUCUAAUCAGUCAGUCUUAAGUUAAAUAUAAUAUGAAGUAACCUAGACCUAGUCUAGGCCUAAAAUAUUAGGCUUAGGCCCUAUAAGCCUAUUAAUUAUUAUUGACUUAAAUUAUUAUAUUAGACAUGGCCUUAAAUUUAGGCUUAAUUUAGUGUAUUAGACUCAUUCUCAUUUAUUAAAGCACAUCAUGUACGUAAAGAAAUUUCAAGCACGUGUUAAUAUAUUGCCGCCCUAUUGGUUUUCAUUUAUCUCGCUCAUCGGUUGUCCCUAGGCGACGACAUAACCGGGUUCUACUGUACUUGAUUUAUUUAAUAAAGCCCUAACUUCCAACUGACCUUAAUCUAAUCGUGUGUCUCUUGCUAACUUAAUUAGAUGAUUAAAUGACAGAAAGUACAAUCGUGUGAUGUAGGCUACUGACUGAGAUUUACUCUAUAUUAUCAAAUUUUGGCCACUCUAUGGUCCAUAUUAGUUUUCUCUCAGUUUGUAGUAUGGACAAGCUCACUGCCUUGUGAGUGCCUUGAGAGAAAUCAAAGUCUGCCCUAACAAAAAAAUUUGGACUCAAAACCCAAAAAUGGCAAUAAUUUUAUACCCCCUUACAUUUUUAAAACAAAUGAGGCAUGUUGUUUUUUUUUCUUUUUCAUGUGCUGAUUCAUUUACUGUGUAGCUUAAACUUGCUUUCCUUAUAAAUAUUAAGGGAAAUUUUAAUUUUAAGAAGUUUUCUUAUUUUAGGUUUUAUUUUUAUAUCUCAAUUUGAUACUUUUACUCUUACAGGUUCAUUAAUGAUAGACACAUCUAGAGCAAUGAACGGAGACUCUGCAAAUAAAUUUAUUUCGGCGCUAGUGAAAUCACUGCAGACAUUAUGCCAUGGUUAUGUUGAAUUUAACGAUGGGAUAGAAAUUAUUGGCCACCUCUACCUGAAUAUUGACAGUGGUUCAAGUUUUGAUUAUGUAGUCAAGGAGAAAGUGUGCAAAAAUGCUGAAAACUCAACAGUAUUUGUAAGUAAGAGUUUUCAAGCUCAGGCGCCAGCUGAAGAGUGCAUUAUUAGAAAGGAGAAAGAUGAUGAACAUUCUGUUUUUGAAGAUUCUUCAAACAUGUCACCAACUACAGGAACCUCCUCAAGAUUGCAGUCGGCCAUCACCAGCAUUAGUAAUGUUUUAUCAGGGACCCAGCAUGAUAGCCAUAAAUCAAGACUUAUUGACCAUUCAACACAUCACCCACCAUCCCAGAAUACAAGCAAGAGAAAGAGAGAACAUAACGGCAGCUACAGUAGUAUGCAGCCUCCGUACAAAUACACAACUCUUCAGGCCACAUCAUCUUCUUAUUUUAAUAGUGCAUUGUCAUCAGCUAAGCAAGCAGGGGAUCGCAACCAUUCUGAACAUUUUAGCAAUCCUCCACAUUCUGAGUUUUUUGGUGGUGAAAGCAACCAAAGCUCAGGUAUGGGCCAUGAUGAUGAGGAUGAUCUAGACUUAGACGUAACAUUUGUGAAAGAAGAAUUUGAGAGUCAGAGAAAUUCUGGUCAGAGGGGAGUUACAGCAUCCAGACUCAGUCAAGGUAGUUUUCUUUCCCUCAUAGAGAACCUGCUCUGCUAGCAGAACAUAGCUUUAAGUUGUAAUAAUAUAAUUCUGCCAUGAUGCUCAUUAAUAUUAUGAAUUACUAAAUUAAAACAAUUAUUCCAAUAUUAUCAUGAGUUACUUCAAAGUCAGAGUUGUCCCACUAAUUGUAUAGCACUAACAAUGAUGUGAAUGCACAAAGUAAGACCUCACUUGACUGGUCAUUGUGGAGACUUAAAUUUUUCAUAUUUUGUGUUUACCAUUUUUAACUUUUGCAUAUUUUGUUCAUGUGACUUACUUAUGUGUCAACAGAUCCGUCCUCUAGUCAGUCAAAUAUGCUGCAUGAUAGUGGAGGCCUUGGUUACUCUACUAAUCAUCAUCAGGCACCCCAGCAAUUUGCUAGUGGGACAGCUGGUGAUAUGGGAAGUUUAAGCCAAAGCUUUCAGGAUCCAUCCCAACUUGACAUGUCACAGCAUUCUUCACAAGGACCUCCAAACCCUAGAAGUAAGUCACCAUAUUUUAAAUAUAUUUUAAUCUUACUGCAACUUUGGACUGGGAUUCCACUGAUAAGAAUUAUAUGAUCAAAUUUGAGUAGAUCUGGAUGUAUGCAACAUCAUUCUCUGGCGUCUUACUUCUGCUGCUAAAUGGAAAUAGGUUAAUUGUUUUAUCUUGCAACCAGUAUAGUUUCCUCAAAUCAUUUUCCAAAAUGUAUUUGCCUGGAAGAAUUACAUAUCUCUUUUUCUAAAAAUUAAACUACAUUAAUAAUUGUAAAAUUUAACAAACAACUUAAUUUUAAUUACUUUUAAACAAGUCUGCAAAAUAAAAUGUCUUAAAUUUAUUUUUUUUUAAAGUGUUAGCAGAUAAUUUGAAAACACUUGACAUUAGAAAUAGUUAAAGUAGUAUUUAACGAAAAGGUGUCCAACACUUUCAAUGUACUGUGAUUGUGUAAGCUGUUAGUUUUGUCUUGUGUUUUUUUUUUUUUUUUAUAGUUUUUUUUUAAAAUAACCAAUUUUUAAAACAUUGUCAUGCCAUUUGUCAUGUAAAAUUUUAGAAACAUAUUUGAUGGGAAAUGCUAGUUAUUGUCAUGAAAUUUUAAUUAGGCAUAAAUGUAUAAAUGAAUUCUUUGUCAACCUUAAGUUAUUAAAUUGAGUUAUUUGUUAUAUUUAAAUAAGAAACAAAAGUAUUUAUUGUUUUUAUUUUUGUGUCAGAAUUUUAAAUUGCAUUUUGUAAAUUUCACAGUACUUUGAAUUAAUGAACUAUAGGUGCACAUUUUUAAAAUUCUUUUUAAAACAAAUAUUACUACAUUUAAAGGGGAACAAAUGUGGUUGUUUUUCAUCUUUAUCCUUGUGUAGCGUUGUUGCUGGGGCAAAUAUUAUGGUGGCCAAAUUGUCUUUGUAGUUCACAUUGAACUGUUACAAUUAAACUGCUAUGGCAUGAGAUAUUCUCAUUCUUCAGGUGAUGGGAGCCCCACUCCAAGGCACGGGGACUGCAGAUUGCCCACAGCAAUGGAUUUCACAGUAUCCCAGCCUUUCAACUCAGUUGAUAUGACAAGCAUCUCAGACACACUCCAGUUGGGUAUGAAAUUGUUUGGGCCCAAAUUUGUGGCAGAUGUUACUGCUGGAGAUCUUAGCCUUCCAGUUCCAUUAAAUAUGACAGAUGAAGGUGUCAGUGCAUUAACAGAACCUGUUAAUGACAGUGUUUUUCCUGAAAUGUUUGAUGUUACCACAGUCAGAAGCACCUCCGUAAAACCUGGUCACAAAGUGUUAUGGCAAGAUCGCAAAGAUAAGAUAAAAAGAAGUCUAAUGAUGAGGAAAGCCAAUCUUGGCAAAAUUCGCAGUAGAUCAUCUAUUAAAAAACCUUUGGAAAUUGAAAGUCAGUUACCUCCUCCCUUACCUGAAAAAUCUCAAAAUGUGUUUCCCACAGACCCUUGUGCUGUUCCAUUAAAAAGAAAACGUGGAAGACCACCAAAAAUUCUCAAAAUGAUGUCAAAAAGUGAAUUUUUGCUUGAAAAUGUGUUGAAUGAUGAAAAAAAAUGUAUUUCUAGUUCAUCUGUAAACUUCACUGGGAAAGAAGAUAAUUCCUUUCACAAGAAAGAUUUAGCAACAUCUCUGUCAGCUGAACAUCUCUGUCUUAAGCCAUUGUUAUUAGGAGAAUGUUCUUCACGUAGAAUUAGAGGAUCAUACAGACAGUACACGCCAGCUGAUAAGCUGGAAAUUGUUGAAUUUGGCAUAAAAUAUGGAUCUACAGCAGCUUCAAGAAAAUAUAAUAUUCCUGAAUCCACAGUGCGAUCGUGGACAAAGAAAAUGGAUAUAUUCCUCAUGCAAAUGAAGCAGAGUGAGCAAAAUCCUAUGGAAAGCCAUUUACACAAAAAUACAAUUGGCCACUCAGAAGAUAUCAUAUCCAACCCUGAGCAAAUUAAUUUGAUCAGAACUUCUGAAAGUAUUGAAUGCCAACAGAGACCUUGUAUAGCUCAUGACUUGUCAAGUACACAUCAAAUUGAAGUGGGAUGUGAUUCACCCGACCAAUCUUCUCUAGCUUUGAGCAGUAACAAAGUCACUGUACCUAUGGUGGAAUCAUGUGCAGGGAAAGAAUGAAAUUUUAAUUAAAAAUUUCAAAUUUACCAUACAGUUACUGCAUUCUGUGAACAUGCUGUAUUUGCCGGCAUAUAGGACACACCCUUUUUUUAUACUCAUUUUUAAGGGGUAAAAAAAAUUAAUUCUUUAUUACCGGCUCAUAAGAUGCAUCCCAUACUUUAGGAAUAUUUUGAGAGGAAAAAAGUACACCCAAUAUGCCGGUAAAUACAUUAAUUUUGGCAUACAAUUAUGAAAGUAAAAUAGUUAGAGCCCAUACACUUCAUUGGGUUUCUGUUCGGAAUAUAAAUUUGAAUGUUUUAAAUGGACUAUAACACUCAGAUUGGAAUACAGAAUGAACUAAUCUAAAGGUAUUCUUCCUUCAAGGAAAUACCUAAAUUUACCUGUAUUUUGUGAUAAUAUUUUUAAAAGUGUGAUUGUUAAGAUUUUGAUACAAAUUGCUAUUUGUAAUUUAGGCCUAUACAAACAUUCCUAGGAAUUUAGUUUUAAUCUUUGACUGAUUAUAUCAGUUUAUCCCACACUAUGUAUAUUGAUAUUUUUUGCCCAGUUAAAGUGAGCCUGCUUUUUCUUCAUGUUUAUUUUUACCUUUAGUCUGGAGGUGUGUUAAAUAUGGAAAUUUUUGUCAUGAUCAUGUUAGUAAGUCAUUUUAAAGUUAUAUUUUGCUCUCAUCUCUUACUAGAGGUGUACUUCUAAACCAAAAGGCAAAAGUCUUGUCUAAAUCAAAUAUAAUAUUCUGAUUUAAGUCUUCCAGAUUGGUAUUUUGCGGUGGAUUUUAUACUUUACAUGUAUUUGUUUUUAUUCCAAUAGAAAGUUUAUGUAAUUUUGAAAAAAUAAGUUCUGUGGAUAUUAGUUCAAUUUAAAAAAAAAAAGGACUGUUGCAUAUUUUUUUUAUAUCUGCUGUGAUAAUGUUGCAUUUUUUUUUUCUCUUCAAAAUUGUAUAUAUACUGCUGUAGGCUUUAUUUCUAUGUCUUGAAAUAAUCAAUUACAUAGUGACUGUGAAAUGUAGUUAGAUAACAUGGUUUAGCUGGAUUUUAAAAAAGCUCCUAUUUUUAAAAAAAUUGUUGUUCUGAAAAAAAAUUGAUUAUUUUACUUUUCAAACAAAUUUAUGCUCCUUCUGCAACUUAGUUCUUACAAUCAUUUGUCUUUUCUUUUCUCCCUUAUAAUGUUUACAAAAAUAAUUUUUGUAAAAAAGAUUUGUGAUAUAAAUAAACAAUAAAUAAUAUUUGAUAAAUGUAAUGACCGGAAGCCUUCUGAAAUAAGGUAGUUCAAAAUGCAUAGAACUGUUGAUUGCAUUUGUAAUGUUAUAUAUCUGUGAGAACCACUUUUUUGUAACACGAAUCAUGUUGACAUAUUUUUUUAAUGCAAUAGCACAUAUAUCCGUAUAUUUGCUGAUUGAAACUAAUAAUAAUAAUAAAGUUCAUUUAAAAAAACACGCUUCAUCCCCAAAGGCUCGAAGCGCGGUACAAAGUCAACAAAAAACAUAUCUAUAAUUCACCACAUUUAAAACAAACACAACACUACAAAAACUAAUUACAAGCAUACAAUAUCAAAGUCUUUCUAGCCAUUUCAACCCGGAGCAACACAGCAACACAUGGAAAAUAAGGUAGACAAUCAUUCCAGAAGGUAUUUGCGAAAUAGAUGUGUCUUUAGAUCUGUUUUAAAGGACUCCAGUGUCUGGUUGUUUCUAAGAUCGACAGGAAGGGCGUUCCAAAUUGUUGGACCAGCAAAUGCGAAAGUGCGCUUUCCGUAAGUCUCAAGGCAAACACGUGGUGUCGAGAGUUUGCCACUAUCGGAUGAGCGGAGCUCUCUACUGGGUACAUAAGGCGUCAGCAGCUCUUUCAGAUAGGACGGCGCCAGGUCAUGUAAGCAGCGGUAGCACAAAGUUGCGAUUUUGUACUCUAUGCGAGCACGCACCGGCAGCCAAUGCAACUCUCUCAGAAGUGUUUUUGCAUGGUCGAAUUUGCGUUUCCGGAGAACUAUGCGAGCCGCAUUAUUCUGUGCUAUUUGAAUUUUAUCCAGGAGCGUAGCUGGAAGACCCACCAUGAGAGCAUUGCAAUAGUCCAUGCGUGAUAGCACAAAUGCAGACAUCAGCCUCUUUGUUGUAUCAAUUGUUAGGAAGGGCCUGAUUUGACUAAUCCUGCGCAGCUCCAGAAAAAUCGCCCUGCAUAGCAUGUUAAUAUGACUUUCAAAAGUUAGUCUUCUAUCUAGGUAGACACCCAGGUACCGCAAUGUUUGAGCUAACUCAAUACGCACACCUGAGAGAGUAAUGGAUGUCGUGUUAUUUGCAGAUUUCUGCUUCUGAGCGGUCGCAAUGGGGAGCAGCUCAGUCUUAUCAUCAUUUAAUUUGAGCUUGUUAAUGGUCAUCCAGUGCUUAACCGACUCCAUUGUCUUCUGUGUAAUACUGAGCAGCUGAGGGAACUGAGAAGUGAUCACGGAUUGAUGAAGUUGUGUAUCGUCCGCGAACAUGUGAUACAACAUGUCAAACUGCCUGAUCUCUGCACCCAGGGGCUGAAUGUACAUCGUGAAAAGCAUCGGGCCUAGGACCGAGCCCUGGGGUACUCCGAAUUCGAGAUUAGAUUUCUUCGAGGUCAAGCCGUUUGAAAUAACCGACUGGACCCGAUUAGUCAGAUACGAUCGGAACCAACACAGGACGGUAUCAGUGAGACCGAACGUUUGUUGCAGACGCUGGAGCAGUAUGCCGUGGUCGAGCGUAUCGAAAGCUGCCGAUAAAUCGAGUAAAGACAAAAUCGAUACCCGGCCCUCAUCACAAGACGACAGAAGGUCGUUUACGACGCGCAACAGAGCUGUCUCAGUAGAGUGAUGCACCCUGUAUGCUGAUUGGAAUGGUUCAAACAAGUCAAACUGAGUGAGGUGAUCCAGGAGUUGUCGGAGAACGACUUUUUCUAAGAUUUUAGAAAUAAAUGGUAGAUUUGAGAUGGGGCGGUAAUUUUCCAUCACAUAACUACACUUAAGUAAAACUAAAAUUAAAAACCAGUCGCUAGUGAAUUGGUCCGGUAUUUCUAAGCAUUCCAGAAAUUAAGCUGAGCAGAUCAAUGUGAUUCUUUUGCGUUAUCAUUUCAUGUAGUUAAAAUUAAAAUUGAUCAACAUCUAUAUUUAUAAAGAGUAGGAGUAAUACCUUUGAAUGUAAACAUUUAUGUAUUAAGAAAUAAUUAUUAUAAUAAUUUAAAUCAUUUUUUUUUUACUGCUAGUAAAUAAAUACAGAUUAUUGAUGUUUCUUUUAAAGUUUGUUAUCAAAUAUGUAUUUUGUGCCGGCCACUUUCUAUUGAUUUCCAUUUUUUGACAUUUUUGUGGGGUUGCUUUUAGUAAAAAAGAUAGUUGAGAUUAAUGAUGAGAAUGGUUUAUCAUCAAAGUUUAAAAUAAAAGAAGCAGUCAGUUUCUCAAACAGUAUUAUUUCUAUAUACAACUGUUUAAAUAUUAUGUAAUAUUUUGUACAAAUAAUUGAAUGUUAUUUAUGCUUAAAGACUAUUCCUUCAUUUUAGAAAUGACAAUUUAGCCUUUUUUUUUUGUUAAUUAGCUUAAUAUUUGUCAAACAAAAGAAAAAAUAUUAAAAAAAAACAAAAAACUCACAUUUUUGCAUAUCCUUGGAAAUAUUCGGUUUUGUUUCAGUUUUAGAAAAUUUCAUAAUUUUAAAAAUGACUUGUUUUAUCUCCCUCUCUUAUGUUUUGGUUAAAAAAAAAUUGUUUGUUAGGGAUAUAUUUGACAUUCAAUUUUUGUUUUUUGUCCAAAAUAUCCCAUUAAUCAAAAUAUAAUUUGUGAUAGGAGCAAGUUUUUUAAAUAUUUUUAAAAAAAUCUGCCUCAUCUUUUUCUUUGUAAUGUUUAAAAAGAAAAAAAAAAGGUACUUUAAAGAAUAUUUUUCAUAUUCAUUAUAACUGCACCUGUAAACUAAAGGACUAAUUUACCAGAUUUCAUUGUGCCAUAUUUCUGGCCAGGUUUCCUUUCAAUUACAUUAAAUUUCCUUCUUGCUUUUUUAUGUUCUAGUCCUGAACAUCCAUUGUAUCAAACAUAUUUAUUACUUAUAAAAGUACAGCAACCUCCCGCUCUAAGCGCGUUGUUUAAGUGUAGUGUCUUAAACAUUUUCUACAUUUAAAUUAUUUCCUGCUUAAAUGUUUUGUUGGUGUCAAUGUAAAUUAUUUUAUUCUCUUGCUUUGGACUGUUAUAUUUUUGACAGAUGUUUUUUUUUUUUAAAUCUCUUUGGAGAUAACUUACAUCAAUUCAUUUUGAAUUAUUACUCUGUGGACUAUUUCCUUUUAAAAAAAGAAAAAUAAUUGUGUUUUGACAAUAUUUGAAUGAUGGCUGAGAGACUGAAACUUUUAGUAGUGACAGUUGACCAAUUGUUUGUUUACAGAUAAAAUGGAACCCACAGACACUGACAUGAAUCCUCCAACAUUUCAAGUUCCUGGUGUUCCUGUGAGAUAUUUCAGAUGCCCUGUAUGCGGCAUUGUCAUCCGUCACAAGAACAACAUUAAGAGACACAUGCGCAGACACAAUGGUGACGUUUUUCAAUGUUCCUUCUGUGAUUCUACUCAAACUUGCCGCUGGCAGCUGCAGAAGCAUUUAGAAUCAAAGCAUUUCAUUUUCUCUGUGGAAUCCCACCAAAGUGACUUGACUCAGGAAGAUGAAAAAAUCACCUGAAUGAUUUUUAAGCCUAAUUUCAGGAAGAAGUAACCACGUGGAAAAUAUUCACAUUUUAGACAGGUUUGAGUUCAUACAAAGUGCAAAACAGAAAGCAAAUGAGAAGAAAUAAGAAAGCUUGUUAUAUUUGCUCAAUUUAAAUCCCCAAAUAGGCAUGUAAAAAAAGAUCAUUUUCAGUUUUGAAAUUUGUCCAAAAAAGAGAAUAGGGAAAAAAAAGACAGGUCUCUUAGUGCAUGUCUUAUUGAUCCCUAUAUUAAAUGUCUUUUAAGUUGGGCAUAAACACAAGCUUUCUUAUUUGUUACAGAUCCCACUGCUAUGAACAAUCCGGAUGUAAAACAGCCCUGGUCACAGCACUAUGUUACUGCCCCUGCAGGUGUUCAACUCCAAGGAGGACGUCCAGUUCGAAGUUAUAACUGCCCCAUAUGUGGCCUGCUAAUCACACAUCGAAAGAAUGUCAGACGUCAUAUGAGAAAACACACAGGAGAAAUGUUUUACUGUGAAUUGUGUGAAUGGCGAGGGACAUGCAGAUGGAAAAUGCAGAAGCAUCGUGAAAAAAAGCAUGCCAAUCCUCCCAUCAAUCCUUGAUUUCUUCGUGGAGAACCUCAGCCUCCUCUUUUAAAGCUGAAAUGUGUUAAAGGUUGUGUUACGUUUUUCCUUCAUUUUUUUUAAAAAUUUUUAAUUUUUAUUUUAUUUUUUACAGAGGCAUAAUUUCACAAUAAACCGUGUUAUCUACUCCCAUCUCUAGAGCAAAUGUGCAGUGUGUCAGGUUAAUGAAAACUAUGUUAAUAAGAUUUUUUGUACAAAGUCACUGAUGGAGUAAAAUGCAGUAUUAUAAUUAGAUUAUGAAUUUUUCUGUUGAAUUUCAAAUGUUAAUAUCACAUUUUAGACAGGUUUGAAUCUGGAAUUUACUGUGUAUUUUUAUUUUUUUAACAGAUUCUUAUGUAUUUUACCAUCCUUAUAAAACUAGCUAAGGGCCAGUUUAUGAUUAUGUUGUUUAUGGUUUCUUUUACUUGCUUGUUUUUCUUAUUUAAAAGUGCAUUAAGCCCAAAUUUUUUCCAAGUAUCUUUGUAAUUUAAAAGUAAAAAAACAUUUUUUUUUUUUUGUUGUUGUUGCUGUAUAACUCCACUUCAAUUUUAGCUUUCAUCUUUUAAUGACAGACAAAUGCUGUCCAAGUUUAUCUCAGAUAUUGUCAGACACAGCUGUUAUUCAUAUUUAAAGUUAUUAUUAUAAUCAAAAAGUAUGUGGUCAUUUUCCAGGCACUUUAAAGAAUGAAAUAAUCAUAUGUUUUUUUUUCCUUCAAAAUAAUGAACUUCUUAUCUGGAGCCAGCUAUCUUCAAAGUUAGCACAUAUAUUAAAAACUUCAUAUAUUGUUAGUAUUUUGUUAUUGUUAUUAAAAAAAAAAGUAGAGGUUUUCUGAUACAGCAAUGGUUGUUUGCAAGUGUACUUUUAGCCUACCCUUUAUAAAAGAAAUGUGGCCAUUUUAAAUGGGUAGUAUUCUAAUAGUGCAAUUUAAAAAUUAUAAUCCCUUGCAUAUUCUGAAUAGUAGACCCCAAGCAUAAACUUAAAUUAUUAAAAGAAUGGAAUCAUCAAGGAAGCCUGAAUGUUGUUAAGUAGAAUUAGAAAUGUCAUAAUUAGGUUAAAUUAAUAGAAUCUUAAAUAUCUUAUUGACACCAAUGUGAGGUAUAUUGUUGGCAUAACGACAGCAUAUUUAUUUUAGGUGAAUGGUACCAUGUUAAUAUAUUUUGCAGUGAAGCAUUGAUUUAUAAUCUAUCAUCUGUUGUAAGAUAUUUCAAAAAGCUUCCAUUUAUAGUAAAUUUUUAUAUGAAAAUGUGUUUUAUAAUUAAUUUUGAUAUAAUUAAUUUAGAAAUUUUGAAAUUUCAGUUGCCUGUAUCGAUUUUCAGUAUCGAUUUAUAAAUCCUUAUCACAUUUGGUCUGUUAUGUUGCGUGAACAACAAAGUUAUCCUAUAAAUCUGUUAUGAUGGAAAGGAUUUUGAAGCAGAGUGAAAAUAGUUCAAUCUACUGAAUUCUCCACCUACAUUUGAUCCUUAAAGCUUGUGAAGUUCAAAAGUGUAUCUAUAAAAUAUGAAAGCUUAGGGCACAAACACUAUCAUGGAAACAAUUUGCUCUUUAUAUUUACUAGGUUCUUAUUCAAAUAAAGGGCAAAAAUAGGUAGCCUCACCAGAGUAGUUCAUUAGUUUGUAACAAUUUAUAAAUAAUUGGUUAAUAUUAUUCUGCGCUUUUUUUUUUUUUAACAACUAGUCAAUAACAAUGAUUUUGUUAGUUGCUGUUCUAUAUGACUUUGUGAGCUUGAAAUGAUGUUAUCCCAACCUUUUAGAUUUGAGAACUUCAUUUUCCAAUCUGGUAGUCUUUUUGGACUGUAAAUAACAUGUCAAUUACAAAUGUUAUUAUAUUAUUUAUAUCAGUAGAUCACCAGAUCAAUCCCAACAUGAAGUAAACUUUAAUCAUUUAAACUCUAAUCAAAUACAAUUGAUAUAUCCUUGCCAUUUGAUGGUUUAAAGUUGCCUUUUUUCAUCACAUGUAAAAUACGGCAUAAUCAAAAGUGUGUGAUAUUACCAAAAGGACAGAGGGGAAAAUAUUUGAACAUGAUUGGACAUGCAAGAAUACCAAUAUUAAGAAAUGUUUAUAAAUUUGUGUACAUAUUUUUAUUUUAUUUUUUUAGCCAAUAUUUUGCCACAAAUCAUAAAUUAAGCAUUAAAACUUAUAUGUUUUCCAUGCUAAGGGGGAAAAGGUUUGUAUAUAAUUUUCUAUGUGAAUGUGGAAGGAAAGGAUCCUUUUUUAAAAUAGACAACUAUUCAAUAGUCUAUAAAUAUUUAGAUAUCAAUAAGAAAAGGAGAAACGAAUUUCCAGGUGGUUGAACCUUUUUCUAUCCUUUUAUAUUAAACGAGUGACCAAAAUGUAACAUUUAUAGAAUUACUUUGUCAUUAACCAAACACAAAUAACACUUGUUUCUGUUGAAAUGUUGUGUCUUGUACCUAAUGAAUUACAUGUUGUCUUGCAGCAGUUUUUGAAUUAAUAUUGAAGCUGCUUUUCCCUUUGAAAUGUAAAUGCAUUUAUUGUUAAUCUGAAUGUCCUGAGCUGUUUUUGAUGCUUUUGUAGUAUUAAGCAAGUCUACUUUUGCUGUUAGUCUUUAUAGAUCUGUCAUCCAAAAAUAGCCUAAUAAAAUGGAUUGAUAUUCAAUACGUUUCUUUGUUUUGACGCACUGAUUUUGUGCUACCCUUGGGUACUAGUGAAUGUGUUGGACACACAGUAAGAGAGUAAUGUAAGAGAAUAAUGACUUCAAUACAUGCAGGGCUUAAGGUACAAACUUGAUAAGGGAAGAUUCUAGGCAAUGAGCUCUUAAAAUGUGUCUGAUAAGAUAAUUUACUUAUAACUUAAAUGGUCGCUUAAUUAAACACAGAUGAAUACUUGAGGUAAAAGUGUUUUAACCUUGUGAGGCUGACCAUGGCCAACUUUCUCAGUACUGAAGUCAGCAAUCUAUAACACUUCAGCAUUUUGUUACAAAAAGCAACCUUCUAUUUCUCUUCUCAUACUUUUUUUUUUUUUGUGGAGUGGGGCGGAUGUUCUUCCAACACUAUAACUGCUAUCAUUGUUUUAAAUUAAAUAAUCUCCAUAAUUGUUUGCCUACCACUAAAACUCACGUUUAAUGGCUAACUUUUUUCUAAACCAUGCUGACAAAUAAAUAUGUCAAAUUUUCAGAUUGAUACUAAAUUUGUUUUUAACAAAACGGUAGAUAAAAUAACUCAAUAACAAUGGUUUAAUAUAGUACAUUUCUUAAUCAGAUCAUUAAUAUUUUGUAUGCUCCAUUUUCAGUGUCAGUACUCCGUUUUUGUCAGCACAAAACUAAAAUGUUUACAGGCAAUUAGAAAAGAAAGAAAGUUAGAAAAUAUAAAAGAAAAUAAUAGUAACGUUUUUUUUUGCAUGAAGAAAAUGACAUUUUAGAUCAAUGGAAAAACUAAUUGAAAAGAUAUAAGUGUAAAGCUAAUCAGCUGGGGAUGUUUCAUCCCCACAUCCACACAGAUAUAAUUGCUAACAUCUGAUUCAAUUUAUGGGGCUUGUUCACUAUUAAGGCUUUUCCGAUGCUCCUUCAUUGUGUCCAACAUAAAAAUUUUAAAUUCUGUGUGGACUUUUUUUUUUUAAAUCUCAUGAGUCUGAUAUUCAAAUCAUCUUAUAAAGUAAACACAUACAAAAAUACCGGUAUUUAAAAAAUGACUAUACAGCUGUAUUAUAAGAGUGUUGGACUGCGAUAAAGCUUGAGUAGAUAAAUAAGAUGUUUUAUUUACUCCAAUUAUUUGUGUCUACCAUGGUAUUGAUAAGUUAUUUGAUACUGCAUCUUAAAGGCUUUAAAACACAUUAGUUAAGUAGACAUUUAGCUGAAACUUGUUGAGCAAACUAGUUCAUAUUAUUCCUUUAAAGUUUCUUACAAAGAUGGAUUUUUAUACACCCGGUACUGACAUUCUAUGUAUAUCUAUCUACCUCUUUGGUUAUAAUGCUGGUAGCACACAUACACAUGCUCAUCACCAUUCUGUAGCUACAAUUGUUGAUAAAAGUGUUUCAAUAUUAUAGUUUUUCUACAAGUGUCGCUUUAGAAUUUUGAUAGAUUUUAAAACUAAAUAUGGACCGUCCAAUGGUUUAACCUUUCAUUUGAAAGGAGAUAAAUUGCGUGCGAUUACUGGUGUUGGAUGUGAAAAGCAGAAUAAGUUGUUUUGUUGAAAAUUACAUUUUUUUAAAAAGUGCAUGAACACUAAGUAGCAGCCAUAACAAAGUUGCCACAUUAAACAAAGAAUGUGCGCAUUUCCUCAGCCUAAAUCACAUGACCCACUAUAAUGAAAGGGAUAAAUGUUCUAUUAAAUAGCAAGCUUUAGAUUAAUAACUAUUUUGUGGAGGAGCCUUCCUAUUUCCAACUCGUAUUUGUUGGAUCCCUCAGCUAGAGUGGAGAUAUCACUGACUGGUCCUCCACCCAUUUCAGCCUUGCUGGCUUCCCAUGCCCGCCCCCGUCUCAUGUCCCCACCAUCUCCGGCUGGCUCGAUAUUUGACCUGUCGGUGUCACCUCGGCUAUCACUGCAGAACUCACAGAAAGCCAAAGGCCAAGAAAUUCUCCACACCAUGCGGCAGACCAAAUGGGCCGUUGCAAGAGCUCAAGGUAAGUUCUAUGUAGAUUUCAAUUGCUACAUAUGCAGUUAAAUUUAGCAAGUUAAAAUUAAUAGAAAUGAGGCAACCUCUUUCUUUGCUAACUAAAAAUGGAUAUUUUAUCAUUUCAAAAUAAUAAACUAUUGACAAUAUUUAUUUUGUAAACAUACCUCAGAUUUUUACUAUACUAAUUGCUUAUUUUAGAAAGCAUCACUAUUAUCGUCAUUAUUUUUUUGUGUAAAAUUAGAAUAUGAUACAACUGUUCCCAAAUAUUUAAAGAGAUCAAAGUACUUAAAAUUAUUUUGCCCAGGUGUAAAAAAAUUUUCAUGUCCAAAAUUGUGUGACUUGCAUUAUUUUUUCCCACUUUCCUAUCAGAAUGGCUAUCACUCCAUGGGAUGAAUAUCAACUUUGAGCAAUUCACUGAUGAACAACUCGACCAGAUGCUGCUAGGAUUCUACACCUCGGGACAGAAAAAAGACGGAGCACCAUUUUCUGCAACAGCACUUUUGGCUUUUCGAACUGCCAUCAGUCGUUACCUAAACAACAAGUGUGGCAGGCAGACAAGUAUUGCCACAUCCCAUAGCUUCAAACAGUCCAAUGCCCUUCUCUCUAGACUCAUGGCCACCUGCAUCAAAGUCAAUAAAACCAUAGCUGUCCAAGACAUCAAGCUAAUGUACACAAGUGGGACACUCUCUUGUGCAAAUCCUGAAUCACUUCUUUAUAAGGUCUGGUUUGAGCUACAGAUGCAUUUUAGAAGCAAAGUUGACUGGAGUAAGGUCCUGGCAGAGCAUUUCUUCUUUUCACGAAACUCUGCCGGUAAAGUUUCUGUGACCUGGAACACCUGUGGUUUAGGGAACUGUAAUGAAGUGACAAUUUUUGAGGCCACCGGGGGUCCAUACUGCACAGUGGAUUCAUUGCGGUUCUACAUGGAGCAUCGUAAUCGCGCAGUAAAAGUCCUACUGCAAGUGCCAGCAACAAAAGAUUUGCUUGAAAAGGGGGUGUGGUACCUCCCAGAGGAAAUAAGGGAAUACCGAGAGAAAAGCUUCAUGAAAAAAAUCUCUGCACAGGCCAAGCUGGGUCAGACUUACACCAAUGCAUGCGUUCUCAACUCUUUUGAGGAUUAUUUUCAGGCUAUGCUAACUCUAAAUAAUGAGACACUCUCCAAGGAGUAAGAUGCUGGUACCAACACCAAACAAUUAUAAUAAAUAUAGAUUCAAUAAUAAUGCUAACGAUAAUAUUAAAAUAUAUUAAACCAAGAACAUAAUUCCUUUCUAAAGUCUAAAGAAACAAGCAAAAUAGAGGCUCCUAUUGGUUUUGUUAACAAUUUUAACACAGCCUAAAUAUGUUUUUCUUCAAUAUGCAUAUACACAUUUUUCUUUGGGAUUUAAUAAGAUACCCGGUAGUCUUAUUUCCUCCUAUGGGUUUUGUAAGUGUAAGUGAUUAUUUGUUGUUGCAUUUUUACAAAAUAAAUGAAUUAAAUUACUUUUUUGCAUUUAUGUCGAAAAAGAAUUAUACAAAUGCCUAUAAUUGUGAGAAAAAAAAUUCGUUAACACUACAAGGGGACGAGGUAGGGGGUGGGGUUUGGUGUCGGCUGUGAAAAAACUGUGGUGAUUGGAAUUAUUAUUUUUUUGGGGUAAGGCGUCAUUUCCUGGAAACGGAUGAACUUUUUCUUGAUUCCCCUUAGGACCCGUAAUAAAAUUUGAGAAUUUUUUUGUGUGUAGCUUGAAAUUUAAGUUGUAUAAUGAUCAUAGGUACUCCAGUACCUCCUUUGCAGGCAAAAAGUAAACAUCAGCACACUGGGGGAGGGUUGUGUGCUUUGCAAACCAGUGGUGAUUGGUAUCAUAUGGCAAGAGGGGAAAGAGUUUUGUUCGGUCAGUUAUAAAGAUUCAUGAACUUUUAACUGCAGCCUACACAUUUAUAAAUAAUAAUUUCAGUCUCACCUUUCUGUGAGGGACAGUUGGAAAGGAAACUUUUUAAUUGCAUAAUUAAAAAAAAAUAAUAAUCUGUUCGAAAACAAGAUUUUUGCACCUGACAACAACAAAAAUAAUUGUGUAAACAUUCUCAAUUAUAUGGUACUUAUUGAUAUGACGCAGAUUAUAUAACACAUGUUAACAACAAAGUUAAUUUUUAACUCUUUGAACCCUUGGCUCCUGUGCCUGAAAUACCCAUGCCCCUGGGCUCCAGGGGGAAAUGUCCACAAAUGGACUACAAGCAAACAAAAUGUAAUGAUUAAUAAAUUGAAUAAAUUGUAUUUAUUUCAAUAUAAAUUUGUCUGUUAAUAGUCCAUAAGUAUUAUAAAAUGUAUCACAAGGAGAAUAUUGUCUUAGAAAUGGUGUGAAAUAGCAUAGUAAAAGGGGUUACUAUAUAGUAUAGUGCGUUUAAAAAUAAAUUUGACACAAAAAUUUAGCGUGUGAACUGAAAAAAAAAAUUCUAUCAAAUUUCCAUUGAUCAAUUUUCCGCGAUGAAAUUUCUCUCAAACAAAUUUCCGGAUACGAGUAAAAGUUCAUUUAUAUGCCCCUGAUUUUUCAUAACAGUCAGGGCUAGGACUAGGGGUAGACCUUGUGUUGUUUAUUUUAUUCCCAAAGCCCACAUCAGUGACAAUAGCACAAUAAUUUGAAGCCAAUGGAUCGUCACUAUUUGCUUUAUUUCAAUCCAUUUUCAAAACACGAUAAUAAUCCUUUGAAUCAUAUACAUUAUCAUAAACCUAUUCUAAAUUGGGUCCUUUCGAAAACAAUUUUGUUUAUUUUCGUCACCUCUAUACACCGAAAAACAUUAAUAAAACAAAACAAAAACAGUGCACCCAUGGGUGCGGCCUUUGCUGUGACCUUUCGCAAGUCAAGUGAUAAAACCAUGAACUCAGUAUUUACAACACAAUUUUUAUACGAACUGUCGAUCUAUGGUAAGGUAUGGGAGACCGAUAUAUCGGUCUGGCGGUGUGUGGAUUUUUAAUGCAUAGACCGAUAAAGCGGGAUCGUGGGUUCAAAGUGUUAACACAAGUAACCUGGAUACACUUAAAUUAAUAUUUUACUGUAGAUAUGUUAAUGUUAAAAACAUUAUUCAUUUUUAUUUCUUGUAAAUCAAGCAAAUUUUAACAAUGAAAUUAUCAUUUAUGCUAUUUCAAUGCACCGUUAGUUAUUUAGAUGGACUUGUUAUUUUUUUUACCUAUUUGUUCUUUUAGUUUUUCCAGAGGCAUAAUGGUUGGUUUGUAGACUUAAUGAUUCAAAGAUAUUUGCAAUAAGCUUUUAUAAAUAUCUUUGAAUCAAACCAAGACACAAUGUUGUUACUGUUUUACCCCCCUUUAUUCUACUUUGCAUGAACAUGGUCUGUUUUAUCUUGUUAUUUUCCAUUUCAACCAACGUCCCCAUGUCAUUGAACGUUUAAAUUUAAUAAGCAACUUCAUCUUGUCAAGCAUUUUCAUCUAUGAAAUUUUGGCAGAGCCUUGAUUUACUGAUUCCAAAAUUACAAAAAUAAAAUAUUUUGUAUAUUUAGUGGCCAAAAUUGUAAAUAUCUAACUCUAAUUUUUAAGGAUUUUUUUUAGGUAAAGGCUUAAACAAAUAAGCCCAUAUGUCCGGUGUCGUGCUGGAGCUGGUUUGAGCCAGUGCGUUGUUAAAUUUGAACUAUUCUAGUUCUAGGAACCGGGUUGUUCGAAACGUCAUAAUAAGAAAAACAAUAUAGCACUCCACUAAUAAAUUGAUGUUUUUUCUAUAAAGGACAAGUGCUGAACCAGUUGUUGCUUGUUGGCAGCACACUGUUGCAUAUUUCAAAAUCAUUUUUGGAAUAAACAGUUUGUUUUUUUUCCUGGUCAGAGGAAGUAGGGAGCUGUUUACUGAUUUUUUGUUAGCAAAGAAAAUAUGAACAAGUUAUGUGUUCAGCUGUUUAAUAUAGAACCCUAUAACUACAUUCAUUACCUUUAAUGGUAAUCCCUAUAACAUUGUACGUCAACAGUGGUUUAUUGCUGCCAUUUCACUGAGACUAUCUGCAAAAGCACAAUCAAUCAAUCAUGUCACAUUUACUUUGUUUUACUGUGAGACCUCUCUUCAUUGGAGAUGAUUGUUGGUAAUAAUUUUUAUAGUAGUUUCCAUAAAUGGUUUGCUUAUGACAGUUUUAAGCUUUCACUCUUUGAGAUGUCAGAUACGACAGAUUGUAAAAGCACAUCUUCAUAAGUUCAAAACCAUGGAUGUUGGCUUAAAAAGUUCAAAUGAAAAAUGAAAUUUAUGUUUCACUACCGAGAAGCAGAAUUAGAUGGACUAACUUUAUUAUGGCAAAAACUUCAAACGUGUCAGGAAUGAAACUUAUGAUUUUUACCAUGACAUUGAAGAACUAACAACUAUUGUGGUGCAGUGUCUGUGUGACAUCAUGCCAUGGUCUGUCUGCUAUUACUAUUCAUACUAUUCCUACUGGAUUACUAUUUCUCCAAUGAUUUUGACAAGUUGUGGCUCAUCAAGAGAUACUAACAAACACCAGCAGCAUAUAGCUUUAAACAUGCAAACAUAUUUUGACCUGGUUUGUACCAUAUGCUCCUGUAUUCAUUCACAGGGCUCUUUCUACAAAUUAUGAAAUAGCAAACGAGGUAUGCUAUUUCAUUUACUAGGCUUGAAUGCAGUCCUUUAAUUAUUAUAUUCUACAAAAUAUUAGCUCUAACUUUAUUUAUGCCUUAUCUUGUUUUUGUUGAGUCAUGAUGAUCUCUGACAGACUGGGUCCUGAUUGGUCCAGAUUACACAGAGUCCACUACUGUAAAAUAAAUGAAGUGCUUCUCAUUUAAAUGGAUGGCACUUGGUCAGUGGUCUGAACUGAUAUUCUUUACAAAAUGUUGACAUAAAAUAUUUCAUUCUGAAAUUACUUUUUUUGUCAGGUCAAUUUUUCAUUUAUUUAAAUGCAACACAAAAAAAAAAAGGAAGAAGACUUUUGCAUGCGUUGGGUCAUUACUGCAGCAAUAAAAUUUAUGUGAAAAUAAAUGUGCGUUUAAUAUAUCUAAACUCAUUAAAAUGACAUGUUAAGGCAGUGGUUUUCAGCCUUCCUACUGCCGCGACCCUUUAAUACAGUUCCCUUUAAUACAGUUCCCUUUAUUGUGGCGAUCCCCUACCACAAAAUUAUUUUCGUUGCUUCUUCAUAACUGUAGAGUAUAUAUGUUUUCCGAUGGUCCUAGGCGACCCCUGGGAAAGGGUCGUUCGAUCCCCAAAGGGGUCGCGACCCACAGGUUGAGAACCAUUGUGUAAAGGAGUCAAUAUUUGUUUCAUUAAUGGAAGCAAAGUUACGUGUUUCAUGUAGUUUCAUUAUGUUCUUUCUGCUUACUUUGUACAUUGUACAUUUACUCUCAUUUUAUAACAUGUUACACACUGUUUUAUUGAACUCAGCGAGUGAUUGUCUGCAUGAAGCACUUGGAGCCUUUGUUUAACUCCCUUACUCACCACCGCAUUAAGAGAGCCACAACAUUUUAAUAUUUCAAAUUUUGCCACAUCAGCUCACACAAAAAAACAACUGUUCAGAUAACGGAGGCACCCUAAAUUCAAUGUCUCAUUGGGAACACCUCUUACUACUUAUCAAUUAUGUAUAUAUUUAAAAUAAGAUCAGAACUAAAAAGAAAUGUGAACUUAAUUAAUAUGGUUCAAACUUUUUCAUAGACCUGAUAAAGACAUUUGAGUUAGUCGUCUUGCAAAAAAAAAAAAAAAUGCAUUACCACUGUUUGCUGUCAUGUUUAAUCCACAAUAGCAUCUACAGUACAGUGUGCUUCAAAGACGCAACAUCAGACGCCUUCUAGUUACAAGCAGAAUUAAGCGAGGCAAUGUUCUAGCGCCAAGGUUUUUUGCAACUUUCUUCUCCUUAUUUCUCAUAUAUGCCUUCAAGUCAAUGACUGAAGCAAAAGACUAUAUAUUGAUCUUCUUGACUGAGAUCUUACACCUACUUCUUUUGAAAUCUUUCUCUCAUUUUUUUCUCAUAAAUGCCUCUAAAAGACAUCUAUUUUGAGGACUAUCUAUUCAAUUGGAGUAUCGUUGGGGGCAGCCCUGUUGAAAACCAAUAUUCUAAGGACAUACGCAAUCAAAAAGCAUGACAAGAAAUGCGAAGUGUGGAUUAAAGAAAUGAAGUAUAUUAGAACAUUAAGUAAAAUUCAGUAAAACAAAUUCAACGUCUGUGGCUUUCCUGCUUCUGCAGAAAACCCCCCUCUCCCCAUCCCCAAACAAAAAAAAACCCCAAAAAAUUUAAAAUACCAAGGAAUUUGCAUAAGAUUCCACUUGCAUAAGAAACCAAUUGGAGGGGUUUUCCUAUUGGAAUAUUUAUUUUAAAAAUCGACUCAUUUCAUUCCUAUAGGAUUCUUAACAUGAGUUUUCAUGCUCAAUCAACAUAUAAUAGUGAAUAUAAGUUUGUUUUUCCGAAUGAACACUGUAAAACAAUAAUUUGUUCUGCUGUCUGUGAAUUACGUUCAAUGCCUAGUUUUAGUCCUGUUCCUCCUUCAUCGUCUAUGAUAAAAUAUUAAUUCUUCUUAAGUCACAUUCUCUUUAUCUCUGCCGGUAUCUAUAUCAGUGACCCUCACAUCUGCUUAAAGAUUUGAUCUACCUCAUUUAACCACCACCGAGUUCAUUUAUUCUCUUCAAUGGUUCGAUGCGUUGUGACCCAUGGUUAGCAGUGAUUUAUUUUGUGCCUACGUUUGUGGGAUAGAAUUUUAUCAUCAAUUUCAUUUAGCACAAUCUCAUAUCAAAAGUGAAAUUGACCAAUUCACUUUGUCUACUUUGUAGUGAGUUAAUGUUUUUUCCCCAAUCUAAUGACUAAUAAAAGAAGAUAAUUAAAAAAAAAAAUUAAGUAUGUACAGUAGUGAGGCUUCUAAGUUCUAGGUAGGUACAAAAAUCCUACUUAAGAUUGAGUGGAAGUUAAUUUUUAACUUUUUUUUUUAGAAAGAGCGGAGUUUUAUUUUUUUUUAAUUUUAAAAUAAACUGAUAUUUAAUCAUUUUUUAAAUUAAAUUUUUAAAUCCAUAAAUGUGCAAAGAUAAAUUGUUUGUAAAUAUUAGUCAAUGUUUUUUUGUUUACUUUGUUUUACACAGUCAUUUGAACAAUUAAUGAUGUUCAAUUAAUGAUCAUAUUUUUGCCUUCAUAACUAUAGUGUUAUUUAGAAAUGUUUAUAUAUCAUUGAUAGAUUUAGAACCUAGUCUACUAAUUUCUUAAUGGGAUCUUCCAUGCAAUCCAGACACUUGAUUUUAUGUUGUAGUUGAAAUAAACCUUUAGUCCUAUAUUCCUGGUGUUUGUUCAAAUCUUUUAUUGUGGUACAUUCUUUGAUUUUCAUGACCCAAUCUGUUAUUGUUAUUCAAUUUUCAAAUGACAUAAUUAGAUAUUUCUUACAUGUCAUCCAGUACAGACACCUGGAAAAAUCCUCCAAACAAAAACAAAUUUAAACUCCUAGCACACAAUAAAAGGCUUGUGGCUUGCACAUAUUACCAAUAUUUAUGAUAAUUCCAGAACUAAUUCUGUAAGCCGUAGUAAAAACAGUUAAAACUAGUUAUUUUGUCAUAGAUAUACAGUUGUUGUUUUUUUAAUAUUCCUGUUAAAGUUGGUUGCUGUCCUCUGAUUUCCGACAUCAGUAAGCGAGUAUUUUUAAAAUAUGUCACUUUAGCAAAAAUUGGCACUUUAGCAAAAAUUGGCACACUCUGUUUCAUAAAAUGAUCAAAACUUAUGAUUUUAUGACUUUAGAUUUAUAUCCAUAACAUGCAAUCUCAAUCCAAAUCAUUUUAUUCGAAUUUUUUUAAUCAUGUAGUUUAACAUUCUUUUUUAUUGAAGCAUGCACUUUUAUAAUGAUUCUUUGGUUUAGAUGUCAUUUUUCCACUUCCAAUUUAUUUGUCUACUUAAGGAAUUAAAGAUGGCAGGUCUUGUUUUUGUCAAACUAUUAAAAAUGGGAAAAGGGAUUUUAACAUAGACACUCUUACAGACACAUAUACAUGACCAAAUUCUUAACAUAAAACAUAUUGCCUGAGGGUAUGGGGCUAAGUUUGUGAAGAGUUAUAACUUUGAAUGGUUUGGCUUGUUGUGGAACUGAGAAGUAUUGUUCAGAAUUUAUAUUUACAGAAAACCUCACAAAAUCUUUAUUGAAUACAAAAUUUCUUUUGAAAAGCCACACAUAAAAAAAAAAUUAUAUAUUUGUUUAUUGGAUUAAAAUAAAAAAAAGUUUUUCUAUCAAUUCACAGAUGAUGCCUCAGCAGGACCACCAUCACGUAUGCCCGAAGGUGUCAAACCAUUAUGUGGUUAUGUCCAUCCUGAUGAUGCUAAAAAGUGGAUGGUAAGUCUUUAAGUAGACCUCACUGACCCAGAAACUGUGUUUAUUUUCCCCAAGAGUUCAGCUAGUGUGUAAUCCGAAUAGUAAUUGGUAAAAGGCAGCAAAGCCUGGGUUAUGGACCUCUGUGCUCACUGAGGGAGUUAGUCAAAUUACAAAUAAAUUAGGGCUGAACACAGUUUCCAUUCUAGGGGUGCUGAAAUCCUCUGCCGUCUAUUUAUGAGAUAGACAGACAAAGGGAGAAAAUAGGAGAAACAAAAUGUGUACACUAAAUGAAUAUAAAGUGAAAGAGUGGGGGUCAUUAAGGCACCAAAUUUAAUGUAAUAAUAUAUCAGAAAAUGUAUACUGGUAGUACAGGUAGAAGUAGCCAAAUAAACAAAAAAAUAACAGCUUAGAUUUUGUGUUUGGUCAUAACUGCUUUGUUGUUAUGUUAGCUGUGACUGCUCAGUGUGGGUGCUUAAUCAUAACUGCUCAGCCACUUUAAAAACAAAUUAUGGGGAAGUAAAUUUUAUCGUUAAAUUAUUAAUUAGAAUUAUUACAACCCUUGCAUUGAGUUGAACAUCCUGAUUGUAUUCUUAUUCUACAAUUACCAUCUUCCAGAUGUUUGAGCUCCUGCCUGGAUCUGGAGUGUACAUCCACCAAGAGAACUAUAAUGUUGUUUUGUCCAAGACCCGACAGGACAGGCCAGAUGGUAAAGCUAUGGCAAGAUAUCUAAUGUCCUGUUUCUGGCGUCAGAGUGAGCUUGUAGGGGCCAGUAUUGCAGAGCCGCCGAAGCCUCAUCAAAAAUCUCUCGAUCGAGGCAUCAUCCAUGCCAUUCUUGGUAAGUACCGGUAAAUGUUGUUUUUGGAACUCACUAUGAAUCAUUUUUUUUUUAAAUUUUGCAAUUAAAUUUUUGCUGCUCAAAAUAUUUACAUUUAAACAUACCUGUGUUUUGUUAUUAGAAUUAUCACUGAGGUAAAAAGCAACAAUUCAAAUUUGAAGUGAAAGCUUUACUAAGAACUGAACAUAGCAAUAAAAAAGUUGGGUAAAAAGACUUCUUCAGUAGACACAAAUGCAUUAAUGAGAUUUAAUGGAAAAAAAAAAUUAUAUACUUUUAAAAAAAGUUUAAAAUCAGUUAAUCAAUAUGUUAUUAUAUAUAUAUUAUAAGGAUGCCAUUGGCCAUAUAAAUAUGUCCAAUAUGCUGUGUGCUAAGUCACUUAAAAGUGAAUUAUAUUUAUUUUAAAAAUUAAAAUGCAUUUGUUCUUCAGCUGAGUUUCAAGUCCAGUCUGUAAUUUCAAAUUACUUAAUUAAUUUAUGGGAGAUUUAAACACUUGAUUUUAUUGCCUCAUUUAGUUGUUUUUUAAAAGAACAUUUUGACAUUAUUUCUCUGAUUAAAUAUUUUAAGUUCACUCAGCAGGUGUUUUUUCCCCUACUUGAAUGAAAAUUGAGCUUUGCCGUUUAUUUAUAUAACUUAAUGAAACCAGUGUUUUUUAUCUGUAUAAUUUAAUAGUUAAUAUCACACUGUGCAUAUUUUCUUGUUUUACCAAAGUGAAGGAUGUUUUCUUUUCAGAUUAAAGGGAUAUUAUUGACAUUUCGAAUGCCUUAUAUUGUGCAGCAUUUUGUCUUUAAUGUUACAAGAGCUCUAAAUUUUGUACCGGUACUGUGUGUUUCAAAACUACUUGAAUGCUUCAUUAUUAAAAAAUUUUUUAAACAAUCAUCAUCAAAACAAAUGAUACAACUACAGUGGUGAUUUUGGUUAGCAUUUUUUUUUUUUUUUUCCUUUUGUGCAUUUCAGUUUUUUCCCCUCAUUUAAAGUAGCUUUGAAUAAUUUUACACAUUCUGGAGACAGAUGUUAAAGUCAGUAUUGUUUAAUUUGAUACAACUACAGUGGUGAUUUUGGUUAGCAUUUUUUUUUUUUUUUUUCCUUUUGUGCAUUUCAGUUGUUUCCCCUCAUUUAAAGUAGCUUUGAAUAAUUUUACACAUUCUGGAGACAGAUGUUAAAGUCAGUAUUGUUUAAUGUAUGCAUUUCCUUAAUAGCAUUUUUAAAUGUUUUUCCAAGUGUGAUGACUGCCAGUAAUGCAGUGUUUCCCAACUUUUUUUGCACCAUGCCCCCCUCCCACUUGAACAAUUAAAAAGCUUCAGUACCCUUCUCCCUUAGUGCUACUGUCAAGAGAUAUUGAAUUUCCUUUUAAAAUUCUUUAUAUUAACUUCACUUUUUUUCCUGGCUGGCUGGCGGAUUGGCAAAAUCUUCGGCCAGCUAAAUGACCCACUUCCCGUCAACCUAUUGACCUGAAAUUUGGCAAUCUAUUGACCUGAAAUUUGGCAUAUAGAUUCGUUGCUGAUGACAAAACCUUCUGUCAAAUUUUCAGCCCUACCCCCCAAAAGAUCAGUUUUUCCUGUUUUCUAAGGGGAACAUGAAGGGAACUAAUUACUUUUAUGCAUGUUUUGUCAAAUUUUCUUUCUCUCCCCCCCCCCCCCCCCUCUAUUGCUCUAUAUUACAUUUUAUUAUGAAUUUUUAAGAAAAAAAUUGUUUUUAGGGGUUGUUUAAUUAUAACUUGUUUAGGCUCUGAGAUUCAAUGUUGCAGGUUAAAACCUGCAAUUACUGAAAUAUAAUUGUAUUGCAAUAAAUGACAAAAAAAUACAGUGGUUAACGUAAAAAUAGUUUAGUCUAACAAUGCUCUCUCUUUUUAAAAUGUACAUUUCCUAUAUCCAAGCUUUAUAAUUUGUCUCAAUAAUUUGUGGCCGGGUUUUCAAACCAUUUGACUUUAUUCUAUUCAUCUAAAAUUAUUUAGGGGAUACCUCUGAUAUUAGAAGUAAAAAAAUCAGCUAAGAGAUAACCAAACCCAUGAUGAAAGUUGUGUUUUCAACUGCAUUUCAUUAACAUGUUGGUUGUCUAAUUUCUGAAGACACCGGAGUGUGUAUUUUAAUAAGAAAAUAUAAAUACACUGGUGCACAAGAUUUUCUUACGUGUCUCCAAUCAAAUUAAAAUUAUAACCGCGCUGUAUGUCGAAAAUAUGUUUCAAAUAUUUGUUCUUAAAUUCACAUUGCAGAAGCAGCAACCAAGUCCUUUUUGGUGAUGUAAUUGUACAGUCUGGAGGAUUAAAAAUGGUUAAUUAUUUUUUUUUUUUAAAAUAAUUAAUCACUUUUCUUGAAAUACUGCUUAUGGGAAAAAAAAUUAUAAAAACUGUACAAUAUAGUCACCAAAAAUGCCUUUUUUUUUAUAUGUAUUUUUUUACAUAAUUUUUUUUUAAUGAAGGCAAAAAUUUUAUUCAAAUAAUAACCCGAGGAAUCAAUAAGAUUUUCUGAUCUCUACUUUAAAUGGUCCGACAUCUCUGUUCUCAAUAAUGUUUAAAAAAGGAUUUGAAUUAGCUAUCUACGGUACCAGUUUGAUGUCCAACAAAUUGCUUUAUAAACUUCUGGUCAAGAAUCAAAAUCAUAUGCAUUUCUCAGAUUCUGAAUUUUUUUUAAUCCAGAAAAAUGGAAAAUGUGAUGUCAAUUGUCUGUAAUUUUUGUGUGCAUCACUAAUGACAACGUCCAACUUGAGUUUUACAUUUCAGAAUUAUAUUCAUGUCAUCCCAGCCAUCAUUUAUUUUCAACUCUGCAGGCUUCGUCUGAUUCUAAAUAGUUAAAGUUAAAUAUAAUGGAGAGAAAAACAACUCCAAAGCUUUUGUUUCUUUUUUUUUCUUUUUUUUUUUUUUUUUUUUUGUGCCUUAUAUUUUCUGGUGAAGAAAUCUAAAGUCUACAGGUGCCACUAUCAAUGUGUUAAUUGCAUUGUUCCUUUCAGCCUUCUGCAAUGAGCUUUCAUCAGAGAGAAUAACAGUUUUGCGUCAGGCUAUGUGGAAGAGGAUCGGGAGUCUUUCUCACUGCCAGAAAAUUAAAGAUUUACGGAAGAUGUGGCGAUCAGGAUACACGUUUUGAUAAUGGUUUUCUUAUGAAAGGCCAAGGAGUUAUAUGUGCAGGCUCACAUUUGAUUUAAGUUCAACUUAGAACUGUAAUGAGAUGUUAAAGAAUCUGUUUGCAAUGAAACUAAAAAAAUGUUUGUCCUUUAUUAAUUUUCAGAUGAUAACAAAUGCAGAAAAAUCUUGUAAAAAAAGUGCAAAUGUUUUUUCUCUCUCUGUUAAUUGUUGUGUUCUUUUUUCAAGCAGGACUAUCGUUUUAAAGUUAUUUACAACACAAGGAAUUUUUUUAAUGAAUAUUUUUCUAAUUUUUGGAAAAUACAUUGUACUUUAAACAGUUAUUCUAGUUUCAGGUCUAAUAAAGAUACUGUUUAUUGUUUUUGUUUCUUUGUUGUUUUAUUUUUGGUUUAUGGCAUGAAGUGUCAACAUACAUAUUUUAAUACAAUUUUUUCUGUAUUCAAAUGUUACAUAAAUUUAAUUAUUUUUAAAAUUUGGAAGUGCAGCUAGAAAUUUUUUUUUGUGGCGUUCAGAUUUUCACACAAAAAUUAACAGAUGGUACCGGUAAAUGAUACCAAAAUUUUUUUUUUACAUGACAUUAAUUGUGGAACAGGUUAAUGUCUUUGAUCCAAAUCCAAGGGUUUUCAAAUUGUUGAUAAUGUUAAUACAUAAAUAUGUACUGGGAUGAAGGUUGGGUUAGUGCUAAUGGGAAACUCCAAGACAACUGCUCUUGCACACAUAAACUAUGAGUCUUAAAUCUUGGGUCCUCUGUAGAUGCUUUUUCAUUACAAAAUUUCCGGCAUACCUAUAUCAUUGGAAUAUACCAUAACUUCUGACUUUCAGGAAUCCUUUACUAUUUGACUAUAAUAAUAUAUCAGAUAUGAAGCCAUUUUGAGGGUGAUUGGGAGUUGGUUACGUGUUGAAAAUUAUUGGUGGGGGUUGACCUGUUGAUGGUGACAGGGGAGAGCGUGACCUGUUAAUGAUGACAGAGGGGGGCCGACCUGUUGAUGGUGCCACGGGAGAGUGACCCGUUAAUGAUGACAGUUGAGGGUGACCUUUUAAUGACAACAGAGGGGGGGGGGUGACCUUUUGAUUGUGACAGGAGAGAGUGACCUGUUGAUGGUGACUGUUGAGGGUUAUUUGGUUGCUGACUAGCCCCAUUCCCACUUUCCCAUUCUCAGGAUGCUGUUGCAAGUGGAGCCCCAACACAAAGGCAGAUAUUCGUCAGGCCGUAUGGAGCAAGAUCACAUUUGCCAGUACCUAUAGGAAACAGCAGAUGAUAAUGAGAAUGGGUGGCUUACUUUAGCCCUGGCAGUUUUUUUUUUAAAAAGAUGUCCUUAGGAUCACUUGCUAGUGUCACUGUUGUCAAAUUUUAGGAGUGCUAAAAGUAACUUACUUUAACAUUAAUACAGUGAUGUUGUCCAAACUUCAAGGGAAUUCUCUAUCUCAAUGAGUUAAAAAUAACUUUGGACCCAAAUUAAUCAAUUAUAUCCUCACUUUUCUUUAAAAUUGAAAUUGAUUUAAUAGUGUUACAAAGCAAGUAAUAAUUUUUUUUUAAUGAAUAUGGAAUGAAAUGAAAUAUGUGUAUGAUGUGUGCAUCAAUUUAAGGGAUUACUGGAUACUUAGUUGUCUACUAAAUUCUCUUCAAAAAUGGAUCUUUGUAAAGAAUUAUAUGCCUGUUUAGUUGAUAUAUAGUAUGUACUUUUUGGUCUAUGUACUGGUAGUUGUAUUAUAUGAACAAAUUCUUUUGUUUGCAUUCCUGUUUUUUUGUUGUUGUUUUUUCUAAAAAGAGAACAUAAAAUGUUUUAAAUUUCAUAUAAUAAUAAAUGAGCGGAACCAAUUUGUAUUUGAUGUUCAUUAUUAAAUAAAUGACUGAGUUCAGCUACAAAAACAUGUGUUUUCCUCUUAAAUGAAUAACAAGACGUAAAUAGUGUUUAAAAAGCCUGUGAGUUCUUUAAAAAAAACAACACAACAUGCAAAUGAGAAAUUGAAAAUUGUGUACCCGAAUCAUUUCAGGUUUCAGCUCUCUGGCGGGAAAAGUUCCUACAUCUUUGAUCCGCAGUACUAUUGGUUGGAAAAUAUCUGCAGCUAAUGGAACGCAUGCAAGGAGAGCACUUCUAAAAGGCCUAAUCAUUAGAAAUUAGAUGAAAGAAAUGCAUUUUCAAAAGUUUCAUCAAUAAAAAAAUGUUGUAUAUUGCUGAAAACCAAAUGAAUCUCUUUCAUAUUUUAAAGAGUCAAUCUUCCAUAUCAGUACUGUUAACAUUUUUAUAAAUUAUUACGUUUGUUUUAACAACACUUUAUAAUGGAUCUAAAGGGCAUUAAAAAUUUGUGCUUUUUAAAAAUAUUUUUAAUCUCUUUUAAAUGUUAAAUUUGAUACCGGGUAUUAUGUAUUACCAUAUUUAAUAAAAAUGGAGAAUGUUAUUUUUAAAUUAGAAAUAAGUAGGCCAGGGGGUUUAUAAAAUUCAUGACCUAUUUAUUGUUUGAGAUGACUCAUGUCCUUUCAUUUUUUUGGGUUAGAUAAUAACAAUGUAAAGUAAUCUAGUUUGCUUCAAAAUUUUUGGUAAUGUAAAUAUACCGGGUCUUGGUUAUAUGUCUAAUAAAAAAAAUGUGAGAAUAACUUAUCAGGUUUUCUACAUUUUAUAUAAUUUUAUUGUCAACUAAAUAAAUUAUGUAUGUGGUUGGCUAACAUGUAUGUUCUAAGUCUCUUAGAAUAGGAGAUCUUGUCUUGUGUUCUACCGGUAUGCCUGUAGAUACAAUGUGUGAUUUGAGAAAAGAAAACAGUACAAUACCAUUCGCUUUGUCCAUUUUUAUUUCAUGUUUCAGUUUAUCUAUUGUUGAAUUUUAUUUUGAGAAUUGUGUGUAAGAAAUCUGUAACUACAUUUUGUAAGUAAGCCUGUCAUAGAUGAUUAGAUUUAAAUUAAAUCAAAUUAUCUGUGCUGUUAGUCAAUCUGGAAAAUGUGUAUGUUCUAAUUAUUAGUAUCUUUUUUGCUUUAAUUGUUAAUGUGGUUUGCUAAGUUCUAUCAUAAAACUAAAUGCGCAUGUUAACAAUUAUAUAAAAGAGGAAGGCACCUAACUUUAACCAAUGCUGACUUUUGCUCAUUCUCAAUUUUGCUACUUUUUUUGCUUCCCCGCUGAAUCAAACCAUUCAUCAAUCAACUAAAUAUCAUAAAGAACAUUAUCUGCCAUUCAGACUCCCUUCAUCGCUUGACAAGCUGCUUGCUAUCUCAAGUACUGAAGGUGGACUCCUUUCUUUCUCCUUUCAGGAUUCUGCCAGCACCAUUCGCGGGAACUUGCCACAGACAUUCGUAGGACCAUCCAACAGAAGAUAGGUUACGCCAAGUUUUACUUUGUGAAGAAAACCCAGGAUCCAGAUUCCCCUAAAACGACACCAGCAUCCAUUUCGGUGGAGGCUUCACCCCGAAGGAUGUCUAUGGAGAUGGCCCGGCGUGGAGUUGGAGGUCUGCCAUUAGAUUUACCAAUGAAAGCCCACACUGGAAGACGUGGCAGAAGAUCCAGUGAAAGUCUUGCGAGAGGUUUGCCUCAAAGUGAUGAGCUUCCAAUGCGACUUGCUCAGAGAGGAACUCCUGAUGUGACCAACAGGAAUUACAGUGAGAUUACUGGGGACAUUUCAAGCAACGACAUGAUCUCUGGUCGACUGCCAACUUCUACAUCUGGAGAUCUGAUUUCAGAUAGGCUCCAAACUGACUUAUCUGGCAGAAUAACUGCUGGUGACUUGACACGGAGGAUGUCUGUAGAUAUGUCUGGCAGACUUUCAAAUGACUUCUCAGGGCGUGUACCAACAGAUUUAACCAGCAGAAUCUCAGCUGAUGCUUCUAAUCGUCUUCCAGAUGAUCUUUCCACAAGAUCUGCCAAUAACCUUUCUACAAGGUCAUCAGAUAUCUCAGCUGUCAGAAUGUCAUCUGACAUUUCUGUCAGAACACCGAUAAACCCUUUAGAAGCUAUGUCUGUUAGAACAUCUGAGACGAGUCUAAGUGACCUGGCUAACAGAAUGGGGUCAAUGCCAGCAGGAAUGUCCAGAGGAUUCCUAGAUAUGUUAAAUAAUAUAUAUCCUAGUAAUUGACUCUAACUGAAAAAUUAUGUUUUGGUACUUUCAGAAAUCAAAUCAUUAAAAAUAAAACAGAUAAGUUGAGCUGCUACACACUUGUAGGAUAAUCUUUCUGCAAAAAUAAUAGAAAUGUAAAGUUUUCCAUUGUACACAUUGAACUGGAUUUCAUACAAACCACCAUUAAUUUGCAAUGUCUUUGUAACAAGUUUUAAUAUCUUUUUUGAAAGGGAGAAAUGUUUAAUUCCUGUCAGGUUAAUUAAAGAUUACCGGUAAUUUUAUUCUUUCAAUUAUUUAAAUGAAAAUGUCCAUUACAUAAGCUUAUAUAACCUAAAUUUCUUAUUCAGACAUCCUAAUAUCCAAAAUGGCUUUCUUCUGUGUAUAAACCUGCAAUAAUCCAAUCAAUUAUUGAAAGCAUACAUAUUAUAAUAAAACAUAAUUAAUUAUACCUACCAAAAAAAUGUGAGAUUGCUAUAAAUGGGUCAUUCUUUGAACUGCUUGAACUUCAGAAAACAUUGCACAGUAAUUCUCUUAUAUUAUAUACUAGAACUAUAUAUUACCACUCUUUGAUGUUCAACUGUUCUUAGUUCUCUUUCUUUAUUCUCCUUGUCUGCUCUUUCAAUCUGCUAUGUGUUGAUUCCUUCAAUCCGCUCUGUGAUUAUGAUUCCUUCAAAUCUGUUUUGUGUUGAUUCCUUCAAUCCACAUUACGUCGAUUCCUUCAACACAAUGACUCAUUGAAUGAGUAAUGUGUGCUAAAUACGCGGUAAUAGGAAAACAUUGUUAGGAUUUUUUUUUUUGGUUGUUGUUGAGAAUUAGGUUUCUGAUGAAUGUGUAUAAUGUAUUUUUCAUCUGACCCCAAUAUGAAUCCAAUUAUAUAUAUAUAUAAAGACAUGUCUGGUUUAAAUAUAAGUAUUAUGUUUUUAAACAUGUAAACAAACAAAAUACCAAAUAAGAUAUUAGGUAUUUUAUUUUGAAGAUUUUCAAUCUGAUCUCUAGUUAUUGACAACUUUAAAAUGACAAUACUGUCUUCUAUUAGUUCUACCAUUAAAGUGUAGCUGCUAAGUUAGAGGGUUUGCAACCUUUUUCAGCUUAAGACGUGACUGCUCUAAAAAAAUAAUUAUAAAGGUUAGGCAAGACACCAUUCAAGUUUAAUAUAAAAAAAUUGAACUGUUUCUGUGAGGGAAUUGUUAUGCAUAUUAGAUUAUUAGAUUAUAUUGAUUAAAAUGUAUUCAUUAUAUUAUAUUACGUCCAUCUAGUUUCUAGUUUAGCGAAAAUGCCCAUAAGUUAAGUUUUUAUUCUUUUGACACUUUUGCAAUGAAAUCUCACAGCUUUGAAAAUUUGUGUCACAACAGUUUGCCGAACUAGGUUAAAAUAUAAAUGAACAUUUCUUAACCGUAAAGUAAGUAAACCAGGAAAAAAAGUAGAGUAACGGUGCCACAACAUAACCACUGCUGACUCAAUUUCAUUACCCCCCCCCCCUCCGUACCGGGUACUUAACUCCACCCAGACUAUUGAAAAAUACCAAAGUAUUUUGUCGCAUAAAUUAAAUAAAAAUAAAUCUCCACUGGUCCACUGAAUGUAAAAUGUAUUACCUAAUGUAAAAUAUAUUACCUACCCAACCAUACCUUCUAAUAAAUCUUGGCUUAUCAAUGACAGUAAUUAUGGUAAUUAAUAGUAAUAAUAGGUGGGUUAACGCAUCGGCGUUGGGCAUGAU